AUGGCGGCACUUCUCGUUUCUCGCGCGAGGAACAUGUUCCUCUCCUCGACGCCUUCUUCUUCUUCGUCCCGUCGUUACUCUCCUCCUGUGCCUUUCUCGCGUCGUCGUCGUCUCGGUCGUUUUCCUAUUCCUCCUCCUCGGGACAAUUCGUGCGCCGGCAUCCGCACCCAAGCGUCUUCUUCUUCUUCUCCGAGUAGUCGCAGUUCCUCGGGGACGGAAAGAAAAGAAAAAGAAGAAAAGCAUCACGAGCUAGAGAAGACGAAUUUCAAAAAAGGGCGAGGAUUGGACGUGGACGUGCGCCCGCACAGGUACGAGGAGGAGUUGAGGGAGAAAAUAUCCAAAGCGGUGGCUGUUUUGUUGCAAAAACGAAUUAAGACAACACCAACUUUGUUGAGUAGCAGCGGUAGCGAUGGAAGUAACAACAUUGAAAUAUUUAAAUCGAAGCAAACGAAUGGCGGUUUCCGCAUGCGAGCGGUAUUUGGGGUGCAUUUAGACGGUCCAAUAGACGCGAGGUAUAGCAUGGUUGAAGUUUUGGGGACGUCGACGCUUCCGUCCGGGAAAAUCUACAAGGAGAAGAAGACGGUGUUGGUGGAUUCGUUCCCGAUGGGAUCGGACGCGAUGCGAGCGGCGAUGCCUUCGGUGAGAAGUUUAGUGGAACGAGACGAUGCGAAUUUGAGGAGGAGGCUUUUUCAGGUGGAGUUUCUGACCGCGACGAGUGGCGACGUGGUGGUGACGAUGUGUUAUCACCGGAAGUUGGACGAAGAGUGGGUGAAAGCGGCGGAAGGGAUGCGAGAGGAGAUGAAUAGGAUGCAUCCGGAGUUGAACGUGUCGAUUGUUGGGAGAGCGAAUAGGAUGAGAAAGGUGAUAGGGAAUGCGUUUGUGAUGGAAAAUGUUCACUUGGACGGUACAGUUUUGAAGUAUAAGCAAUUGGAAGGGCAGUUUGCUCAACCGAACGCGCAGAUUGCGACCGAAAUGCUCAAGUUUGCGCGUUCGUGUUGCGCGCCUUCUUCGAAUACGAAUGAUUUUCUAGAACUCUAUUGCGGCAACGGCCAUUUUACGGUGGCACUAUCGCCUUUUUUUCGAACGUGUUUAUCCACGGAGAUUUCGAAAACGAACAUAGCCGCCGCUCGAGAAAACAUAGAAAUGAAUGGGAUUAAAAACACGCACGUCGUGCGCUUAUCCGCCGAAGAGGUUGUUCAAGCCAUCGACGGCGAACGCGUGUUCACGAGAUUGAAGGACACUCAGUUAGAUUUAACCACGCUGAAUAUCAAAACUGUCCUCGUGGACCCGCCUCGCGCCGGAUGCGGCCCGGAAGUCUCCAAGAUGCUACAAAGAUUCGAGAACAUUGUCUACAUCAGCUGCAACGUGGAGACCUUGGCGGAAGAUAUGCUCAUCCUCUCCGAAACGCACGACAUGAAGCGCUUCGCGGUGUUUGACCAGUUUCCAUACACACCCCAUUUAGAAUGCGGCGCGUACUUAGUUAAGAAGUGUACCGGUAGUUAA